AUGAAUGGAAAUGAAGAAACGAGAAGAACACCAAAGAAGAGGGGGAGAGAGGAUACUGCUAUGGACCUCAAAAAGACGGUGACUGACAGUCUCCAUUCUUCGCCGUUCCCACCGAGUGGUUUAUUGAAGCCUGUCACCGGUCAAGUGACACAAGCGGUGACCAAUCCAUCUCUAGACCCCUUUUUUGGCAUCUGUAUGGCCUGUCAUCAAAACCGGAUCUUAAAUAACGAGUGUAAACAGUACACAGGUCGUAGGUGCGGUGUAGCUGAUCAUACGCGUCUCGGCUCCAGACUUGACCAACUUCAAGACAUGGCUUCUCCGUCCAUGACCCAUCACCCGCCACCGUGA